AGUUAGAGCUGCUUAGAUUUAACACUUCAGCACCUGAACGGUGGGGAGGGGAGGAAGUAGCUUCUGGUCUUCUAUUAUUUAACUAAUUUUCCUCCACUCUUUGGCUUUGCAUAUCAUCACAGCUGUGCUUCACCUACAAACUGCCAAGAUGUCCAGGGUAGCAAAAUACAGAAGGCAAGUCAGUGAAGAUCCAGAUAUUGAUAGCUUAUUGUCUACUUUGUCUCCAGAGGAGAUGGAAGAGCUAGAAAAGGAGUUGGAUGUGGCUGAUCCGGAUGGAAACAUCCCUUUGGGGCUCAGGCAGAGAAACCAAACUGACAAGCACUCAACUGGCUUAUACAACCGAGAAGCAAUGCUCAACUACUGUGAAAAGGAGACCAAGAAACUUAUUCAGAGGGAACUGUCAGUGGACGAAGGGAUGCCAGCAGAGAGGAAGAAAGACCCCAGGAAUCUGGAAGGAAAGGGCAAGGAAGCUCGUUCCCAAGACCUUGUCAGGAAACGAGACUUUGAUCUGGGAAAAGAACGUAACAAAGGAGAAUGUGCUCAGAGAACAAGUUACAAAGAGAAGGAAGAACUAGAGAGUAAAUGCAAUGAGAAACCCAAAGGAGAAAAGGCCCCCAAGGACAAAGACAAGGCCAUGGACAAAAAAUUCAUAGGAAAGGACAGAAAGGAAGAAGAGAAGAGUGCAGCACCAAAGAAAGAGCUAGGAAAGGACAGAAAGGAAGAAGAGAAGACUGCAGCACCAAAGAAAGAGCUAGGAAAGCACAGAAAGGAAGAAGAGAAGACUGCAACACCAAAGAAAGAGCUAGGAAAGCACAGAAAGGAAGAAGAGAAGAGUGCAGCACCAAAGAAAGAGCUAGGAAAGGACAGAAGGGAAGAAGAGAAGACUGCAGCACCAAAGAAAGAGCUAGGAAAGGACAGAAAGGAAGAAGAGAAGACUGCAGCACCAAAGAAAGAGCUAGGAAAGGACAGAAGGGAAGAAGAGAAGACUGCAGCACCAAAGAAAGAGCUAGGAAGGAAUAGAAAAGGAGAAGAAAAGAGAGAAAAGGAGAGUAAAGAAGAAGAAAGGUGUUCAGCUUUAAAGAAAUACUCAAAGGUUGAUGGUAAGGAGAAAUCACUUACAGACUCCAAAGGAGUCACUGAGGAAAAGCCUCCUCUGUCACCAGAGACAGGGCCUAAACAGAUCCCAGAAAACAGCCCCUCAAAACCUGUGGAUAGCCCCCCAAGCCAGACCAAGGAAGAGGAAGAAGCAGCUUCCAGUAUCUUUGAUGAGCCCUUAGAAAGAGUGAAGAAUAAUGACCCAGAGAUGAUGGAAGUCAAUGUCAAUAACUCCGACUGCAUCACCAGUGAAAUCCUGGUGCGCUUCACAGAGGCCUUGGAAUUUAACACCGUGGUCAAAGUGUUUUCACUGGCCAAUACCCAUGCUGAUGACCAUGUCGCAUUUGCCAUCGCCAUUAUGUUGAAGUCAAACAAGACACUAACUAGCAUCAAUCUGGACUCUAACCACAUCACGGGUAAAGGGAUCCUGGCCAUCUUCCGUGCGCUGCUGCAGAACAACACCCUGACAGAGCUGCGUUUCCAUAACCAGAGACACAUCUGCGGGGGGAAGACGGAGAUGGAGAUAGCCAAGCUGCUGAAGGAGAACACCACCCUCCUGAAGCUGGGCUAUCAUUUUGAACUGGCAGGUCCCCGCAUGACAGUCACAAACCUGCUGAGUAGGAACAUGGACAAGCAGAGGCAGAAACGCCUGCAGGAGCAGAAACAGGUUCAGGAACGUAGCGAGAAGAAGAAUCUGCUAGAGGUGCCAAAGGCAGGCGGCUUGCUAAAGGGGUCCCCCAAGCCUUCACCACAGUCAUCCCCAAAAUCUUCCCCGUGGUCUUCCCCUAAAAGUUCUCCUAAGAAGGGUGGGCCUCCGGCUGCACCUCCCCCACCCCCACCUCCACUAGCCCCACCCCUGAUCAAUGAAAAUAUAAGGAAUUCUCUCUCUCCAGCCACCCAGAGGAAGAUGGUGGAGAAGGCACUUCCUGCUCAGGAGAAGAACUCAAGGGACCAGCUGUUGGCGGCCAUUCGAUCCAGCAAUGUCAAACAGCUAAAGAAGGUGGAGGUCCCAAAAUUAUUGCAAUAGGAUAUGGAAGCUGGAUCUCCCGCAUGGAUGAGACCUGUGGCAGAAAAUGGGACGUUUGCCUUUCUCAUGACUGUUUACAUGACCAGUCCUUGGGGACUCUGCAGUGUCCACCUGCCUGCCCCAGAGCUGGAGGAGCAGUGUUCUCUGUGGGGUCCAACUAAGGGGGGCAGCCCUGAGAAGGGCCCUGGGGUCAUUGGAUGCAGCGUGUGCGGCAGACCUGGUAUUCAUUUUUACAUUCUUUAAACUCUUAAAGCUCUUUCUUUUAGCCAGCACCAGCGUGCGACGUGCCAGUGCAAGAUGGGGGCAGGGUUGCAGGAAUUGGGGGAGGGUGUUUGUUCCUAUUUCUGCUGACAGAGUUUGGAGCAUGAGGUAGUUACCAAGUGCAGCAGAUGCAGGAUGGAUGUCCCUGAAUGUCUGGGUCCACAUCUCCAGAACUGCAUGGCUCUGCCAAUACAGAACAGCACACAGACAGCGACCUGAACCCCAAAAAGCCUUGCUUAGCUCUUGGCUUGGAGUCUGUCGGGGAGAACUGGCAGCGGGACAUUGUCUGGAGUGACACAGAGCCAAACUCAGGAGAAUGCUUGGGGCAGAAACGAAUUGCCACCUCUCUGCAGGUUCAGGAUCUCCAGUGCCCUGAAAAG